UUUUAUACACAUAUAAGUAAUUCUAUCUCCUAUAAAUCCCCCGAAUCGUAUCUUGACAAGCACUCUUCCGAUCCGUCGGUUAACGUUACAGGAUGAGUUGUCGAUAUGAUCGUUGUCAAACUAGUUUCACUAAGCAAUGUGUUUGACCUGAUUGGCUGAGCCGGUUCGUCAACUUCAGUUUCAGUCGUAUCAGGGACAUCUAAAACUGUCCCCAUGAUUCGUCGGAAUGUCAGCUGAGAAAAUAGAACAUGCCUUGAACGCAGUAACAGAGGUCAAUAGAUGAGCAACUGAAGAUGUUUCGUCACCAGUCAAUGGGGAUUGCGAAGCCUGUAGUAGCUCAUUCGCCGCCUCAAAGACCCCGCAGUCAUGUCGUAUCAUGCCAUGUCAACUAUGCAUUUCUGCUAUGGCAGAAGACUUGACAUUUGCCUUGGAUAAUAAAAACACCAAUAUGCAUGCUUAGAGUCGUACUAGUAGACUAUUUCACUACAUAGUAGUUUAUCUUCACCCCUAGGUUAUUCAGAGUCUUAUAAAAGUCUGGGCACCUCGAGGCACACCGGCCUACAUACUAUAGUACUGUAUUCCUCCAUCCAUAGGUACUAGGUAGGCAUAUCCCCACCAUAGCUCGGCAUUUGGGCAUCUACAGUAGCAACAAAGCACUUGACCUGAUCGUUAGACAGUACGUAAUUAUCUGCGUCUCCUUUUCUGACUACUACACAUUGGCCUUCUCUUUAUAUGCCUGCCAUUAUUCGCUUGUUACUAAGAACUAAACGACGAAAUAGGGGCUGUUGAUAGUUUACCUGUACUAAGUUGUCCAUUCCUCUUUCUGUCUGACGUGCCCCCUCCUCACCAGCUAAGCUACCUCGAUACGUGACAGGGUUGCCUCUGUACUGUAGUUUCAACUCCAGUCUCCGUGCUCAUCUCCGACCUUUGGCUUUCCUAACCUCCAUAACUACUCGGCAUUCUUACAUUCGUUUUCCCUCCUUGUUCGUCUCGCAUCUUACCAACAUGUCUUCCCGUCUUCCUCUCUUCACGCGCGGCAUCGCAGACUCGCAAUCUCAGGAGAGCGAUCCCAGCUCUCCCGCCGAACAGCGCGACGAUGCCAAGCGAAACUUCCUAAAGACGAUGCGAGCACUGCCCACCCAGCAUUAUUGGAACGUCUACUUCGACCGACAGGCCAAGGAAGGGGAAAGCGGUGAUCAGUAUCACUCGGGGCUGGAGCAGCUCGGUACCCAGAUCGAGUCGGUGCAGGACUUUUGGCGCUAUGCCAACAAUACUCCUGUCGGAAAUAUUGGUGUUCGAGAGUCUUUGUAUCUUUUCAAGUCAGGCUUUCGCCCUGUCUGGGAGGACCGACGCAAUAUUCUGGGUGGAAGUUGGACAUUCCGCUUCCCUAAGAGCAUAGGACCUGAUGUGUGGACUCGUGUUCAGCUCCUCGCUAUUGGCGAGAAACUCCAGAGUGUUCUCGACGACGACGACCAGCUUUGCGGUGUCGGUCUCUCCGUCCGCUUCAACUCCCACCUCAUCACCGUAUGGCACCGCGACGCCUCCAAGAAGAACUCGAUCGACAACAUCGUCAAGUGCAUCAUGGAGGAGCUCCCUCCCGAGAUGCAACCCAAGCCUGACGCAUACUACUAUAAACGCCACUCAGACCACGCUGGCUUCAACCCUCCCCCGGAGCUCAAGGUCGUACUCGACUCCCGCCGACAGGAAGAGGAGAAGCUCGCUGCCGCUGCCGCCAAGGGUGGUGACGCCAAGCCAGCGGUGACGGUCGAGUCUCCGCAAUGAUUUUCACGAAAGUUACGACGUCUGGUUUUGCGCUGCUAUAUAGUUCAGGUUCAUUUCAGGUAGUUGGGUUGACAUAGUGUCUGGGAGUGUGUGCUUGUUAGCUCACGUAUCCCCUCCCGUCCCGUCACUGUCACCUAUGGGGCAUGCAUGCAUCUGAUAAGGCGUUUCAGAAUUAGGUGUGAUUAUACAUAUGUAUUGGCCAGGACCGUUGAUCCUGAAGAACCUAGCGCUUUUGAGAUUGUGAAAUUAGAUUUGGAAACAGUGAAUGCGUACAGCUGCCCCUCAACUGCUGAUAUAGACACUGAAUGUCUGAAACCUCCGUUUAUGAACUCAUCAAGGUCCCUCC